AUGUCAGCACGACUAGGCAGAAAUCACAACAAAACGGAGGUGUCGUGGCGAAUGAUUCGGGAAAGAUUACGGUGGAAAGAGUUGCCGUUCUGGCCGAAUUUCGAUGCCGAAGGCUUGUCCUGCACGUCACUUUCGAAACAUGAUUUCGCUCCUUCACCCCUGCUACUUUCCAUCUCCAUUCGUUUCCAUCCUAUUCUUCCCAUGGGAGUACCACUCCAAGUGCCGUCAGAUCGUUCGUUGGUUCGUUCGUUCGCGCUCAUUUGUGGCGUCAAAAGCCUUGAGGCGCCGAGUUAG